CUGGCAGUUAAAAGGUCACAUUUAUGAAAGUGUGCUGUAAAAGUGGCUCAUCAAUAGUCAUUGUGAAGCAUUAGUAAGAGAAUAUCGGGCGUUGAGGGACCAGCCAUGCUUGGACACUUCCACCGGGGAUUGUUGGCCACGGCGACUCUACUCUUCCUAACUCAGACUGGCACUCGGUGCAGGGCAGAAGAUGACAUGUCACCUGUUGCAUUACCAGCGUGGGAAAGAGAUCCAGUGUGUCCCAUAAACUGCGACUUUGAGAAGAAUCUGUGUGGGUGGCAGCAGAUCAUACAGGACUCCUUUGAUUGGACAAGAUAUUCAGGCGCCACUCCAACAAACGGAAGCGGGCCAAACCAUGACCACACCACUGGGGCGGGCUUCUAUAUGUACAUUGAGGGUGACAGUGUGACCCAUGGAGACUCAGCCCGUCUGUUGAGCUCUGAGUGCCAUUACAACGGUCCAGUCUGCCUCAACUUCUGGUACCAUAUGCACGGUUCUGCCACAGCCAUGGCCCUCAAUAUGUAUGUGCUCCGAGGAAAUUAUGCUGCAAAGAUUUGGUCUAUGAGGAACAACCAGGGACAGGAAUGGCAGCCAGGAAACAUUGAUAUCAAUGUCUCCAGCCCUUUUCAGAUCAUUGUGGAGGGAAUUCGAGGCUCUGAUGCUCUGUCAGAUGUGGCCAUUGAUGACAUUUCUAUCCACGUUGGUGCUUGCUCAAGUAGCCUGGGAAGAGAAAAUGAACCUUCCUCGACUGCAGAAGUACUUCCCUCAGCUUCAGCUUGCAGUUUGAACUGUAGCUUCGACAGCAAUCUUUGCAGGUGGAACCAGAUGAGGACGGAUGCAUUUGACUGGGCAUGGCAAAGCGGCUCCACCCCUACCUUGAUGACUGGGCCCUCCGCUGACCACACUGGUGAUGGUCACUACAUCUACAUUGAGGCCAGCCGUGUAUCACAUGGAGACACGGCUCGUCUGAUCAGUUCUGAAUGUUUUGCCACCGGUCCUCGGUGUCUGCAGUUCUGGUACCAUAUGUACGGCUCUGCCGACACAAUGGGCCUCCAUGUGUAUUUGCUGCAAGGGAACAAAGCUGAUGCUAUCUGGAGGAAGAGGAAUGAUCAAGGAAAUAUGUGGCACUUGGCUCAGGUGGACCUGACCGUCACAAGAUCUUUCCAGAUCAUCUUUGAGGGGCGUAGGGGCUCCAAUGACGAAUCGGAUGUCGCCAUAGACGAUGUAGCACUAUACCCUGGCCAAUGUUCAGAGCUGAGUGAAGUGAACACACACCAACCCGAACCGGAUGUGAAUGCCACGGUUCCUGCAGUUACAGAGCGUCCUGCAGUAAAUGUGACUGAUCAAACCGAUGUGACAGCGAGACCACCCGAAGCAAAUAUGACAUUACCUCUGCUCAUCAAAACAACUGAUUUGACUAUACACGAACAUGUUAUUGAAGCUGCACAAAACACACCUUCCAACUCAGUGUGUCAGCUGAACUGUAACUUUGAAGAAAAUCUCUGCCAAUGGAGUCAAAUACUUGCUGAUGUGUUUGACUGGACAAGGCACAGAGGCCCAACUUCUACAGUUAUGACGGGGCCCUCUUCAGAUCACACCACAGGAUAUGGUCACUAUCUUUACGUUGAGGCAAACAGCGCAUCAUAUGGAGACACGGCUCGUCUGAUCAGUUCUGAAUGUUCUGCCACCGGUCCUCAUUGUCUGCAGUUUUGGUACCAUAUGUACGGCUCAGCCCAUACUAUGGGCCUCCAUGUGUAUUUGCUGCAGGGGAACAAAGCUGAUGCCAUUCUGUGGAUGAGGAACGAUCAAGGAAAUGUGUGGCAUCUGGCCCAGGUUGACUUCACCACAGCCGGACCUUUUCAGAUCAUUUUCGAGGGACGACGAGGCUCCAAUGAUCAGUCAGAUGUGGCCGUAGAUGAUGUAUCACUUUAUCGCGGACGCUGUGCAGAGAGAUUCAGAUUCCAUAAAAGGAACCAAGAGGAGGGUGAAUCUGUCUCACAGUUCAUAGCUGUAUUGAAACGGUUGUCUGAACAUUGUGAAUUUGGACUUUCACUCAAUGACACCAUACGUGACAGACUGGUGUGUGGUCUACGCAGUGAGGCCAUCCAGAAACGACUGCUUACGGAGGCUGAUCUAACCCUGGAAAAGACUGUGCAUAUAAGUACAUCAAUGGAGAUGGCUGCCCAUGAAACACAGCAGUUAAGUGCCUCUGUUCAAGUUAAUAAAUUGUCUUUGGAGCCACAAAACAAGGCGACAGCUGGCAAUCCAUGCUACCGCUGUGGGAGGCCGGGACAUCAGUCAUCAGAGUGUUGGUGUAAGGACUUGGACUGUAGAAACUGCGGGAAGAAAGGACACAUCGAACGUGCCUGUAAAGCGAAAAAGGCUCAGACGAGCAAACAGCACACUGAGACCAUGAAAAGUGGUUUCCAACGGAACAAGAGAAAACAGGUGAAUAUGGUGGAACGUGACCAGGAUGAGCCGAGUGACUGUGACUCUGAUGAUGAGAUCACAGUGCAUGUUUUAUCUGUCAGGGACAGUGAUGAUGGAUAUUGGGUCACACCACUGUUGGAGAACCAUCCUAUACAAAUGCAAGUAGACCACUGGUUCACGCGUAUCGAUGGAGAACCGGUCCCAGUGCUGGGAGUUGGGGAUGUGACAGUGGAACACAACGGACAGAAAAAGACUUUUCCACUGUACAUCAUUCAAGGCAAACGGCCAGCAUUGCUUGGCCGCCGGUGGCUGGAAAAGCUCAGGCUGAAUUGGCAGGAAGUGUUCCUAGUUAGGGAUGGGGACACAGGGCCACUACAGGAGAUUCUAAAGACACAUUCCCCCGUUUUUGAUGGAGAACUUGGCAGCAUGAAAGACAUUACAGUUAAGCUGACAGUGAAACCAGGAAGCGUGCCAAAAGCUUUCAAAGCGAGACCUGUUCCAAAUGCCAUAAAACCGAAGGUGGAGGCAGAACUAGCCAGAGCCAUGGACCAGAUUCUCAGUGGGAUACCAGGGGUCCAGUGCUAUCUCGAUGAUCUGCUCAUCACGGGACCGGAUGAGCAGUCACACUUGAGGAAUCUGGACAUCACACUGCAAAGAUUGGAGGAAUAUGGCCUGAGAGUUCGGAAGGAUAAGUGUGAGUUUUUCCAGCCUUCUGUUGAAUACCUGGGGCAUGUAAUCGACAGCACAGGACUCCACAAGGCACCAUCAAAAGUGAAGGCUGUUGUAGAGGCUCCAUCUCCGAAGAAUGUAAGUCAGCUAAGGUCGUUCCUGGGCCUCCUAACAUACUAUGCAAAGUUUGUGCCUAACCUUGCAAAUGCAUUGAAGCCUCUGCAUGAACUUCUGAACAAAACUAAGAAAUGGAAGUGGACGUAUAAAUGUGAGACAGUUUUCAAGGAAGUGAAGACAACGCUGUCACAAUCUGAGGUACUCACUCAUUUUGACCCCACAUUGCCAAUUCAGCUGGCAUGUGACGCCUCACCUUAUGGUGUGGGGGCAGUAGUGUCACACAUCAUGCCAUCGGGCGAUGAAAGGCCCAUCGCUUUUGCAUCAACGACAUUGAGUAAAGCAGAAAGCAAUUACGCCCAAAUUGAGCGUGAGGCACUAUCUAUAGUGUUUGGUGUGAAAAGAUUUCACCAGUACCUUUAUGGCAGAAAAUUCACGCUACUGACUGACCAUCGGCCUCUCACCUCCAUUUUUGGUUCCCAUACUGGCAUUCCAUCGCUUGCUGCCAGCCGUAUGCAAAGAUGGGCUCUUUUACUGUCUGCCCACCAGUACGACAUUAAAUAUAGGAAGGCAGAUCAGCACGGAAAUGCUGAUGGGCUGUCAAGACUUCCACUGCCGGUCACACACAUUGAGCCAAACCUGGCUGAGAUAUUCUACUUCAAGGAAGCGGCUGCUACCCCAGUGACCUCAGCUCAUGUGAAGAGACACACUCGCAAUGACCCAAUCCUAGCAAAAAUGCUUGAUGAGCUUCACUCGGGGCACUGUGGUGUAGUGCGAAUGAAAGAAAUGGCACGCAGCUAUUUCUGGUGGCCAAGCCUGGAUGCAGCUAUAGAAGAAAAAGCCAAGUCAUGCUCUGCCUGCCAGAAACUGAGAAACCUCCCACAGCUGGCUCCCUUGCAUCCGUGGGACUGGCCUGAGGAACCAUGGCAAAGAGUCCAUGUUGAUUUUGCUGGACCACUGGAGAACCACAUGUUCUUAGUUGUAAUUGAUGCUCAUAGCAAAUGGCCUGAGGUCGCAGUCAUGAAGAGCACCUCGUCAGAGAGAACCAUUGAAGAGUUGAGAUCCAUUUUCAGUCGUAAUGGUCUGCCACAGCAGUUGGUUAGCGACAAUGGUCCACAACUGGUGUCAGAAGAAUUUAAGGCGUUUAUGGAGGAGAAUGGUAUUCAGCACAUCAAGUCUGCGCCCUAUCAUACGGCUACAAAUGGGCUUGCGGAAAAAUUUGUACAGGCUCUGAAGAAAGCUCUGAAGUCCUCUCCAAGCACGCAAACCCUUAACAGGCGCCUCAAUGCUUUCUUGUUGGCAUAUCGAAACGCCCCUCAUGCUACCACGAAGAAACCAGUGACCAUCGCAUCCGGAGAAGACACCUCGACCAACUGCUGCACACUUCUGGGUUUCAUGAUGACUCACGCCAGCCGACAUCUUUUGUUCCGGAGCUGUGUCCUUCCCUGGAGCAGCCUCAAACCCCAGACACGGCUGCUGUUCAAAGUACACCUGGAUCUGCUCCUGGCACACUGGAACCUGCACGAGUACCUGCCUCAGGUUUCACUUCACCCAGACCAGAACCCACACCAUCUACAGUGUCCGAAGUGCCUAGAGGUCGUGUUUACCCUCAGCGAGAAAGACGACCCCCAGAUAGACUGUCAUUACUUCCUGUAUCAUACAGAGUUGUUGUCGACCUGGAGAAUAGUAAAUGUGAAGCUACAGAGCAACCGACGUUUCCGUGUCCUUAUUAUUAUUAUUGGUGUAAUGCCCAACCAUAUAUAUGGGUAUAUAACAACUUCCAUGAGACCAAAGACCUCAAACCCAAAUGCCUCAACAACAACAACAACGCCUGCAGCUACUGUCACAAUCGGACCUCAGAGCACGGUCAAAGCCACCCCAUCAUCAACUGACCACCAAGUCGAUGAAGAAACAGAAGAACCAAGACCUCAACCAACAGCCGAAGAAAUAACAACACCAAUUACAUACCCUAAAACCACAGCUACACCAGUAUCUCCAACAACGGAAAGCAACCUACAAACAUCAGUGAAACCAGAAACUCCACCAGGAACAGUUACACAAUCUCCAACAACUAGUAAUGCACCUCAACCUCCAACUGCAACAACCAAUGAACCACAAUACGCAAGUACCGUUAAUCCACAACAUCCAAAUGAAACUCAAGCAGCAACGACUGUUAGACCACAGCCUCCAACCACAACGCCCUCCUGUCUACAGAAUAGUCAUUACACGGCAUGUAUCUCUGCCUGCGGUCCAACCUGCAGAUUUGUCACUGGCCCACCACACUGUAAUGACACAGAGGAUUGUGAGCCAGGAUGUGUGUGUGACGACGGCUAUGUGCUCAGACAGGGCGUUUGUGUACCGGUCCAACAAUGCGGAUGUGUGGACAGAGAUGGCAAUAAAUACAGCUUUGGUCAAAUGUGGUAUACCAGCCACUGCAGCCACAAAUGUCAAUGUCAGAGGCAAGAUGGCCUCGGGGAGAUUGACUGCGAUGAAGAAGACGAGUGUGAUGGUAAUGCCAUUUGCCUCCAAAAUGAACAGGGACAUUACUUCUGCCAGAAAACAGGCUUUGAUAGGUGUUUGAUCAAUGGAGACCCAGAGUACAGAACUUUUGAUAACAUGAGGCAUGACUUUGAGGGCGAGCACUCAUACGUGCUUGUCCAAACCAAAAAGUUGCCCAGUAAUCUCCCGGACAUCUACAUAGAGGGAAACUAUACACCUACUGAACAUGAGGACAGCAGUAGUGAGGAAGAUGAUGAAGAUGACGGAAAUGAUGGUGACGAUGACAGCAAUGAGCAUGAUGAACGCCACAGAUUACAGGGGCUCAAAGUGGAAAUCUACAACCAUACGGUGCAGUUCAAGAAGGGCCAGAAGUUAUUAGUGGAUGGACGAAAAACUAAGACUCCUGUUUCGCCAACACUUGGUCUGAAGAUUCAGAAGCAUUCCUCACACAUUUAUAUCAAAACUGACUUUGGUCUCACAGUAAAGUUUGAUGGCCGUAAUGACGCAGAAAUAACACUACCAUGUGUAUACAAACGAAAGGUGGGCGGUCUCUGCGGAAACUUUGACGGCAGAAAGAUGAACGACCGGACGAAGCCAGAUGGAACUAUGGCCAGGACUGUUGAAGAGUUUGGAGAGAGCUGGAGGGUGUGACUAUAACCUGGAUGAAACAAACAGCCACUAGUCACAAAUAAGACACAACUUGACAAUCAUAUCUAUAUUCUUAAGAAUAAUGUCUUCUUUAGCGCAAACACUAUAUCCAAACCUGAAUACAGUAGUAAGUUGCUCUGUCCACAGCUAACAUCCUUCUGUUUUAUUAGGAACUGUUUGUACUUUGUUGGAAUCCAUGAAACUUGUCAUGUCUGUGAUCAUGUUUUGUUUAGUUAUGUUUUGCUUGGUUUUUGGACACUUUUCAGUUCUUGUCUUCACUCCCUUUGUCACCAUAGUAACCAUAAGUUUCACCUGGUUCACAUCGUCAUGUCACGCACCUGUCUCACGUUUUCACAUUUUGAGUCACGCACCUGAUUUCACUAAUCAUGUUAUCACUAUUUAAGCCUGUAGUUGCCAGGCAGUCAGCCUGGCGACAUCACUGUUGACACACUCCUGACACUCUGUUUCAUGUUCGUAGUCCAUGCUGCCCUGUUCACGUCAUCGCAAGUAAGUUUUGUUUAUUUAUGCCACAGUUAGUGUCUUUUGUUUUGCCAUGUUCAUAGUUAUGCAUAGUCCAAGUUUUUGUUCCCUGCAUUAAGUAUUGUGCCUCCACUGUGAGCACCUUU